AUGGAUCAAGAAAACAUCCCAUCGAAAGCAAAAAGGGGAUUUAGCAACAGGGAUAUGGCUGUGAUACAAAAGACAGAUGAAGAACAGAAACAGCUUUACGCCUUUAUCAACAAACACAGUCAAUUCUCGGAAGAAGAGAAAUACUCUUUACAGAUUGACAGCGUUCCCGCGUUUAUAAAACAGUGGAAUCUGGCCAUCGAUUCAAGAGGCAAAUUCGAAGCGAGCCAUGAGCAUGGAGUUGGGCUUGCAGCUCGAAGAGCUCAGCAAUUUGCAGAAUCUGCCUACGAUGUCUUACAGCACAUGAACCCUAUCGUGCAGCUCGUACAAGACUUUGGCGCGCCGUAUGGUGGAAUGGCCAUUGGAAUAAUCUCUUUUCUGUUUACCGUUAUCAGAAACCGAGCCAAGUUAGAGGCUAGCAUAUAUGAUACACUACUUCAAAUCAGAGACAGAACCGCUGGACUGGAAGUAUUUCGGCAUAUUUAUGACGACGAUCAUGAGCUUGAUCAGCAACUACAGUCCAAAAUUGUCCAGGCUUAUAAAAGCUUCAUGAGUUUUUGCAUAGAAGCUACAAGGUUUUACUCUAGUGGAAGCAUGAGGCGAUGGCUUAGAUUUACCUGGAGCUUUUCACAUUCUUUGGAAGAUCGAGCAUCUGAGGUCCAAAGGUCUCUCGUGGACGUGAGAUAUACCAGCGAAGAGCUAUUAAGCAAAAAUGUCGAUAGAAUCAAACAGAUUAAUCUUGAACUGCAGAUAGGCCGUGAUAACGAUCGUCUGCUGGCGAUCCAGAAGCUACUACAUCUCGAAAUAUACUCUCAGGAGUAUGAAUGGGAACUGCUGCAGAGGGUCUCGGCUUGA